AUGGACUUGUUCCUGGAGAGCCAGGAGCUCAUUGCAGCCAGCACACCCCUUGGUGAGACAGCCGUAUCUGCGACACUCUGUGCCGUGACAGUGUGCACAGGAGAAGUUACACAAAGUAGUGAGAGCGAGAGUGAGAACGGGAGUGACAAGAUGGCCGGGAAAGCUGGCAAGAGGCCAGCCUCUAUGGAGGAACUUAAGAGCCUGAUAUUGGAUAGUAACGCAACUCUGAUUAAAAAGAUGGGUGAACAUUCAAAGAAGGCAGAUAAGAGGCUGGAGGUGUUAGCUGACAAGAUUGCUCAGAAUGACAGAGCUAUAAAGACAUUAGAAGUUGGACAGCCUCCUGCUGCUGGUACCAGACAAGUUAGGAGGAAAUCAGCAGCGCUGAUCAGUGACAUAGCUGAUGGGCAGCAAAAGCCAGCCAGCCAGGACAAGAUUCCCCUUUACAAAUAUUAUGGGGUGAAACUGCGAGAUUCAAAGCAGAAAGAUUUAGUCAGAGAAUAUUUGCAGAUGCUUCUACGUUUGGCACCGAAAGAUGAAGCAGACAGAGAGGGAAUCGCGGAAGCCAUUGGAUUGGUUGCAUUUUGCCACCUGGCUGAGACCCUGGAUGUGCUGAAAAUGUAUGGGCACAUGAUACCAGGAAGGAGAUCUCUGCAAUCCGAAACAUCUGAGUCAAGGAAUAUCUCCGAGAGGCAGAUUUGAACCACCUUGAUAUUGAGCUAUGGACAAGCAGCCUUGGGGGCAAAACCGGAGGAGAUGCUGACUUUAAUAGAGUUCAUUGUGUCGGAGAUCCUCUUUCAGUUCCGUGGUGAAAACAAGGAUGAGGCAAUGAAGAAAGUCUUCAUGAGAGCUGUAAUUAUGAUCAGCAACGCACUUCUGUGCACCAAGAGAGAAGACGCCCAUAUCCCCCAUAAAUCUGAACUCGCCAUAUGCAUCACAGUAAGCAAAACUUCCUUGAGGCCGUCACUGGACUCGGAGGUGAGAUCUGAGCUAGUGAACAAAAGCGUCAAGAAGGUGUUCUCUUUGCCCGCCUUGACGAUGACGAAGCUGAAAGCCGGCAGUCCGACGCAUCUGGUCCAAAUGCAGGCAUUUGGUGAACAUGUCCCCAACGCUCAUAUCACAGAGAUUGUGCUCCAAGCGAUAGACAAUCUUACAAACGAAGAUGAAGGUUUUUCUCAGGCUGCAGGAGUGCUGCUGAGCUCCUUCCUGGAGGAAUGUGGAAUGGACAUGGAGGAUAUGACCACCGCCGUGCAAGCUCUUAAAAACCUGAUUACGUGCACCGGCUACAUCAAGGAAUACAACAUUCUGGGGAUGCAGCGCUGCUGGGACUUGCUGUCGAGUCCCGAGAACUUCUUCGAAGGCAUUUUCCAUCUGGUUAGGACCUUGUUUACAUUCACCAAAGUGCACCUCAAAGUGACCUUCAAACAUGCCAACGCGUACUUGCGCCAUUCUGACAUCAAGGAGAGGAUAGUCAGGAUGGCUUUCUUCACCGAGGAAGACAAUGACCUACGAUGUUCCUCCAUCGUUGUUUUUGUGGCAGAAGAUGUUCUCAGAAGCCUUGUUCCCCUCUUCAUCCAGUUGACAGAUUUUUGGACCAGAGAAGUGAGUCAAAGGGCCUCUCAGGUUGCACUUUACAACUGUACCAACUUCAUGAAAUGGGGAGACAUUCCCAACGACCUUUUCAAUUACGGAUUGCAUGCCAAAAUCUACAGCACAUACUUAAACAUCAGCAGAUACAUUAUAUGGAGAUAUACACACAAACUUUCAGAAAUGCUGGGUCAGAUGGUCCAGUACCUGAACAGCAGAAAUUCUCCCUACCGAGAAGCCGCCGCGAUAUUGAUAGCAUGCAACGCACGGCAUAUGAAACCAGAUGUGGUGUCUUCAAAAGAAGUUGAGACAAUUUUUCUGGCACUCCGAGAGCUUCAGGACGACUGUGACCCUACCGUGGCCGACGCUGCCGUUGAAGCCCUCGAUGAAGUGGUUCGGCACUGCUGGUACCGCAUCAGCCCACGCGUCAUCCCCAGUCAGCAAAUGGCCAUGCUGAGAAAAAACAUGGCGAAGCAGCCCUUUGAGGCCAGACACUGA